AACGCGAACAAUACUCGCGGUCAGUGGAAAUGUGCUCGGGCUAGAGCCGUGUGCCACCGCCUCGUAUCGGUCAAGUGAAGCGCGAUUACACGGGGAUUACCGACGCCCAAUGUCAUCCCAAUCAAUUGAUCGCCAAGCAGCCACUCACCUAUUGAGGCAUUAGUUUACUGCUCCCGUCUGGCAGUAAAUGGGUUAAAAUUAUGUACAUUAAUCGCCGAAUGAAUGUCGAAUCAGUUAGAGAGACUGCUGUUUUUUAUUGUGGUGAUUUCAGGUGCAUUAUGUACAGUAGAAGAUUACGUAAUAAUGUCACAGUGUGCACACAACAAAGCCAUACACCUAGCUGCGGCAGGAACAGUCUCAGUGACAGACAUUUCACAGAUACAAAAUAUAACGAUAGUCGGCCUCCCGGAUUAUGUGAACAACGAAUUCAAAAUAGCACUGUACGCAAAAGAAACCCAAAGGUAUUUGUGUUUCAACGACAAUUGGAGAUUAGUUGGCAUGAGGGAACUGCGCGAUACCUGCUACUUCAACGAGACGAUCGUGCACGGUUAUUUCGUGUUCCGGUCCGUUGUCGACCUGCAGCGCCGUGUCGGGUUCACGCACCGAGGUAAGCCCGUGGGACCCAAGAAGACCGUCAACGAUGCCUGCUACAUGUUCAACAAGAUCGAUGCCGAGCAGUUUUUCCAUCAGCACACGUUACCAAAAUGGCGCGAGAUGGCCGCCAGCCAGAUGAUGGCCAGCAAUGGGAAUGGCAGCAGUAAUGGCCGCAAGCCGUUGCCACUGCCACUGCCGUCGCGCAGCAACAAAAACAAUCGCCACAAAUCGAAUAACCAAAAUCAAAAGUUGCUGCCGCAACAGGAGCAUCAUGGCCAUAAUAAUAAUAACAGUAACAUUAUUAUUAACAAUAGUAGUAAUAGUCUAAGUAGCACUAACAAAAGGAGAUUAGCAUUAAAUCGACAGAAGCAGCAGCAGCAGAAGCAGCAGCAGCAGCAGCAACAUCAGGUGCGACACCAUCACAAUGAUCCUUCGCUGCUGGCCAGGCGGCAGCAGCACGACAAGAAGCAGAAGCGACGACGCAAGGAGCAGUUGCAACAACGAGUCACAGCUAGUCCAACGAAACGAAUGACUGCAGCAGCCACAGCAGCUGCCACCACGGCAGCAACAUCGACAUCCACAUCCGCAUCCGCAUCCGCAACGACCACUGCAACCAAAUGGUCAACAGCCACACUGUCCAUCAAGCGCAAGGGGAGACGAAGAAAGGGCAAGCCGAAGGCCAAGCCGCCGCCAGUCACGGCUGCCACAUUAACAUCUUCCGACGACUCCCUCUACAGUAGCAGCAGCAGCAGCAGCAGCAGCAGCAGCGGCAGCAGCAGCGGCAGCGGCAUGGGCUACGAGGAUCCCUACAAUGCCAGCAGCACUAGCAUCACUACCUUGGAGCCCUGGCCCACCUGGUCCACCAUUGAUAGCUUUACGCCAGAUGUUGCGGGUGUAAGUAGCAGCAGCAGCAGCAGCAGCACAACUGCAACAUCAGACGACAGUAUUAGCAGCAGCAGCAGCAGCAGCAACUACGAUGCCUGGUCCACAUUCAUCACGGAGCUGGAGAGCGAGGCCUCCUCGGCCACCACCACCACGACAGAGAUGAGCGGCAACGACACCGAGCUGCUGCUGCAGUACGAGGCAGAGCUGGUGGAAGACGCGGAGACAGUGUCCACGACGGACUAUGAAACCAAAGGAACAUCGGCGGCAACAGCGGCAACGGCAGCCACAACUACCUCGACAGCGGGCACCCAGCUGGUGAUAGAGCAGACGCCGCUGCAGCAGGAGCUGGCCAGAGCAGCGUCGGCCACAACGGCAGCCACCACCACUCUCGCCAGCCAGACUGAUCUUGCACCGAGCACGCAUAAGCUGAGCAGGCAUCGUGGCGGUGGCGGUGGCGGUGGCAGCAAGGAGAACCACAGGCAGUGGCUGCAGGGCGACAAUAAGUUGCAGCAGCAGCACAAGCUCCUGCUGCCACUGCAGCCGCCGACAGGCAGCACGCGAGUACCUUCCGCGACGACGCCCAGGAGGAGACUCUCCGCAUCCACAACCACAACCACUGUGGAGAGGAUGACGGCAACGCCGCCUCAGCAGCAUGGCCUCAUAGACAAGAUUUUCAGCGUGUACAAGAACAUCAAUAGCCACCUGAACAACACCCUCACCGAGGCCUCGCCGACAGUCGACACCAGUCGAGGGGGGACCGUCACGGCGGCGACCACCAGCACCACCAAGAAGUCCCUGCGCAAGUCCACCCAGAAGCUGAUGGCCACGCCCUACCACCAGCUGACCUACGUGCGCAACGAGGCGGGGGACAUCGACAUCGACAACCUGGACAAUAUCAGCGUCUAUCCCGAUCUCUUCGAAGGGGAGCUGGACGUCAGCGACAGCGGCAACGGCAACGGCAACGGCUCCACCAGCAACAGCCGCCUCACCUUCGUCAGCGGGUACCUGGCCACCUCGCCCACGUCCGUGCUGCCCGAGUCGAUACGGAUCGCCAAGAUCAAGAUCAACAACGAGCGCCGACGCCUGCAGCUGCACAGCCAGCGGAGGUUCGCGUAGUAUCAUCAUUUUGGAGAUUAGAGAUUGGAUUGCACUCAGAACAGUUUUCGAAUGAAUUAAGGCACGAUUAAAAAACAAACAACAAAUUAUGGAUGAAUAAACUGCAAUUUAUAAUGAACUGAUACAUAUAUAUACAGCAAUCGAUACUCGUAUGGGCCUAUACGGAGUUGCUUACUGUUCAGUACCUCAGCUCAGACAGAAGUUUGCACUUGCACGCCUUAAAGCACACUACAGAAGCGGAAGCGGAAGCGAAGAAGACCAGGAAGACCAUUACUCAGGCCAUACAUCAUCCAAUGGAGUACAGAGUACAGAGUACAGUGGACGGCGGACGGCGGAGGGCGGAGGGCCGAAUGGAAAGAACUCGCAGAACUGCUACAUAGUUAUAAAUGAAAAGACAAUAAGAUUUUUAUUUACGAGUAUGUGCUAUAUAAGCUAACGAAACGAAACGAAACGAAAUGAAACGAUGAGGAGAGCCGUAGCGAUAGCAAUAACGAUAACGAUAACGAUAGCGAUAGCGAUAAUCGAUGAUUGAUUGAUGUUUCAAAAUUAACUGCAAAAAACAAACUGUUGAAAUGGAAAUUGAAAUUGCAUUUGCUUGCAGCUGACCUUUGGUUACUAAAUCAAUUAAAUUUAUUAGCAAUGAGAAUUAAUACAAGCAAA